AUGGCUCUCCCUGAUCCCUUACUAGACAGUUACAACUGUCCCUCCUUUUUACGAAGCUGCGAUGCCUACAGAGAGUACCUUAUCAGGGCCGAGGCCCGGGAGAUCAUGCUCCCACCUUACACGACCAACUCCGCUGGUCAAGUCACUGUGUAUCAUGGCGAGAUCUUUUGUCGUGUACCGAGUUGCCAACGCAAACAUUCCAAGGACCAGAGAGAUGCCGCUAUUCAGUGGUACAGCUCUCUGCUGGAGGCCGAAGACAACGCUAACAAGAACUAUGAUGAAGACAAUGGGGGCAAUGAUAAGGAGGACGGCGAUGAAAAUACUGCGGUACACUAA